GCCGGGAAAGCGCCGGUUCCGGCGCGAUACCGGCGUGCCCGCAAAAUUCCACCCUGGUAUAUAAAAAGCAAGUAUUUCGGGUUAUACAAGUCAACACCUACAACAACCACUAUGGCUUCCAAACCAAGAACUUUAUACGACAAGGUCUUCGAUGACCAUAUAGUCCACAAAGACGAAUCGGGGUCGUACUUAUUAUUCAUCGACCGUCAUUUAGUCCACGAAGUCACUUCUCCACAGGCUUUCGAAGGGUUGACCAACGCUGGUAGAACCGUGAGAAGAACCGACUGUACGUUGGCCACUGUUGACCACAACAUCCCCACCACCUCCAGAGAAAACUUCACCGAUGUCAGCACAUUUAUAGAACAAGACGACUCCAGAUUACAGGUGGAAACCUUGGAGCAGAACGUGAAAAAGUUCGACGUCACCUACUUCGGCAUGGACGACGACAGACAGGGAAUUGUCCACAUUGUGGGGCCUGAGCAGGGCUUCACUUUGCCAGGAACUACCGUUGUGUGUGGAGACUCACACACCUCCACCCAUGGUGCUUUCGGAUCGUUGGCAUUUGGUAUUGGAACCUCGGAAGUCGAGCACGUCUUGGCCACCCAGACCAUCAUCCAAGCCAAGUCCAAGAACAUGAGAAUCACCGUGGACGGCGACUUGUCCGAGGGCAUCACCUCCAAGGACUUGGUUUUGCAUGUUAUUGGUGUCAUUGGUACUGCCGGUGGUACUGGUUCCGUGAUUGAGUUUGCGGGCAAGGCCAUCGAGAGCUUGUCCAUGGAGGCCAGAAUGUCCAUCUGUAACAUGGCCAUCGAGGCUGGUGCUCGUGCUGGUAUGAUCAAGCCAGACCAAACCACCUUUGACUACAUCAAGGGUAGACCAUUGGCUCCUAAGGGUGCCGAGUGGGAAAAGGCCCUCUCCUACUGGAAGACAUUGCACAGUGACGAGGGUGCCCACUUUGACUAUGACAUCAAGAUCGCUGCCUCCGACAUUGUGCCCACCAUCACCUGGGGAAACUCGCCCCAGGACGCUUUGCCCAUCACUGCCAGCGUUCCAGACCCUGCCAACGUGUCUGACCCCAUCAAGAAGGCUGGUAUGGAAAGAGCCUUGCAGUACCAGGGCUUGACUCCAAACACCCCCUUGAAAGACAUCAAGAUCGACAAGGCUUUUAUCGGUUCAUGUACCAACGCACGUAUCGAAGAUUUGAGAGCUGCUGCUAAGGUCGCCAAGGGCCACAAGAAGGCUGACAAUGUCAAGUUGGUCUUGGUGGUGCCAGGAUCGGGUUUGAUCAAGGCCCAGGCCGAAAAAGAGGGUUUGCACAAGAUCUUCGAGGCUGCUGGCUUCUCGUGGAGAGAAGCUGGAUGCUCCAUGUGCUUGGGUAUGAACCCAGACAUCUUGGAUCCUGAAGAAAGAUGUGCUUCCACCUCCAACAGAAACUUCGAAGGCCGUCAAGGUGCUAAGUCCAGAACUCACUUGAUGUCUCCCGCCAUGGCAGCCGCUGCUGCCAUCAAGGGCCACUUCACCGAUAUCCGUGAGUUCGACUUCAACACCAGCGACGAACCAUCGGUGGCAAUUGAGGCUGAAGAGGACAAGGCCUUGCAAGAUGCUGUGUACGAGCACGAAAAGCAGCCUGUUGCCGAUACCCCAGGCGCCAUUGACGAGCAAAUCAACGACAUUCCCCAGGAACCCGAAACUAAGAAGGCCAAGGUCUCCGCCCCAGCUACUGCUGCUGGAAUGGACAAGUUCACCGUCUUGACGGGUACCACUGCUCCAUUGGACAAGGCCAACGUCGACACUGAUGCCAUCAUUCCAAAACAAUUCUUAAAGACCAUCAAGCGUACCGGCUUGAAGAACGGUUUGUUCUACGAAGCCAGAUUCACCAAGGAUCCAGCCACCGGAAAGGACGUCGAAACCGACUUCGUCUUGAAUGUGGGUCAAAACCGUGAAGCUGAAAUCUUAUUAGUCACUGGUGACAAUUUCGGUUGUGGUUCCUCUAGAGAGCACGCUCCUUGGGCCUUGAAGGAUUUCGGUAUCAAGUGUAUGAUUGCACCUUCCUUCGGUGAUAUUUUCUACAACAACUCCUGCAAGAAUGGUUUGUUACCAAUCAGAAUCCCCCAAGAAGUUAUUCUUGAAAAGUUAUACCCUGUUGCCCAGGCCGGAAUCAAGUUGACCGUGGAUUUGCCCAAGCAACAAAUCAGACAUGGUGAAACCGAUGAGGUAUUGGUUGAGCAAUUCGACAUCGAACAAUUCAGAAAGCAUUGUUUAAUCAAUGGUCUUGAUGACAUUGGAUUGACUUUGCAAAAGGAAGAACACAUUGCCAAGUAUGAAGCUGAAAGAAGAAUCAAGUUUUCGUUCUUAGAAGGUGGUUCUAAGUUGGUGAAGCCAAUUAAGGGUACCAAAAAAUCCAAGUUUGGUGUUAAGGCACAAGAAUGGUAGAUAUAGUUACGUCUAAUAAUAAUAAUUGAUGAUAAGAAA